AGGGUGAGCAAAAAUGUUCUUUCAAAGUGAGAUAAAGGGGUCAUACUUUUUUAGGUCCGAAGCAGCCACGGCCUUAACAACAUGCAGGAAACAUAGAUUGUCUAUUGGAACCUGAGUCCACUACGUAUUCGAACAAAAGACAAGAUGAAUAUUGCGAACAAAACCUCUGAAAUAUUGUAACCUAUUACCAUUUCUAUUACAAUCCAAAGAUAUGUAGGCUCUAAGCAUAGAGUGUGACAACCUUCAAAUCACGCCUUUUGUUUGAUGCCGUGCAUCAUCUCUUCUUUGUUAAAAAGAUGACCGAUGCUGUCAACUUCUUCUCACAAGUUGUCAACGUUGUAAAUUCAGCUGCAAAACAUUGUUUUAGUAGAUUCAUCUGGUUGAAGGAGCAAAGCUAUAUAACUAUGAAAAACAAAAAACCUUUAAACAGCUUCCAGCUACGUACCAAGUAUCGAAACUCGGCCCGUCUCCUUCCGUUAUUCACGGCUCUAACCAUUGAAGUCAAAAAUGAUUUGAAAUAUGAGAUGACGCAAUUUCUUAGGCGUAAGAGAUCUACAGAAACCAAAUAAG